CGCGGGGCUGGUCUGCCUACUCCGGGCGCACGUGGCUCGUUGGGCCCCCAGCCGGAAAGAUUGUCUGGCGCAGGCGCACUAAGAGCCGCUGCCCGACCCCCAGGUACCCACCGCCGGCUCCGGGGGCUGGGGGCCAGGGCGGACCCUCCCUCAGGCUGCCCGCCCCCUGCCCAGCUGGGUGACCAGCACUGGACAGGGGUCCCCCCAGUCCCCACGGGUGACCAGAAGUGGACACAGGCCCCCACCCCCCACAGCCAUCCCCCUGGAGACCCCCAGCCUUGCCUCUGCCUGCCUUCCUGGCACGCUGAGACAUGCCCGGGCCACCAGGCAUCAGAUGGAGGCCCAGGGGGAGGAGGAGGAGAAAGAAGAUGCAGAAGAGGAUGCUGAAGACUCAGCCGCCUCCCUUCUGGCCAGCGACCGGCUAAACCUGGACCUUUACCCUGGGGGCUGUGGUCUCCUGCUGCACCUGCUCCGAGAGCCCAGCUCACCCCUGCGGCACAUUCACUUCCUUCGGCUGAACUGCAAUGAGGAGCAAGUUGGGGCUGCCCUGGCCGUCCUUCCCAGCCUCCAGUCCCUCCGCUCACUGGUUCUCAGAGGUGGGCACCACCGCGAUGAUCGGGGUUCGUGCCUUCGGGGCUCCCUGACCACGCUGCCCCCCUCCCUGAGUGACCUGGCCCAUCUUGUCCAUCUGGAUCUCAGCUUUAACAGCCUUAGGGUGCUGCCGGCCUGUAUCCCCCAGAUGACCAGUCUGGAUGCCCUCCUGCUCAGCCACAACCUGCUUGAGAGGCUACCUGAGGGCCUGGGCGCCCUCCGGGCCCUCACCUUCCUCUCAGCCUCCAGCAACUGCCUGCAGGCAUUACCACCGGGCAUGGCCAGGCUGGCCGCCCUGCAGAGGCUGGACCUUUCUGAGAACUGCCUGGAGGUGGUGCCGGAAGAGAUUGGGGCUCUGAGCAGCCUCACUGAGCUCAACCUGGCCUCCAACCGCCUGCAGAGCCUGCCUGACUCCCUGGCCAGCCUCCAGUCCCUGCGCCUGCUGUUCCUGCCCAGCAAUCUCCUGGUCUCCAUCCCUGCCGGCCUGGCCCACCUCCCACUCCUCACCCGCCUCGACCUGAGAGACAAUAGGCUUCGGGCCGUGCCCCGCGAGAUCCAGGAGGCCCCCUUUGUGCGGCUGCAGGGGAACCCUUUGGGGGUGCCUGAGCCCAUCCCUGCUGUGCUCCCAGGUGAUGGCAGAUCCCGGGGGGGCGGGGGAGACCCCUCAGCACUGCUUCACUCACAGGCCCCAUUACUUGGUGUAGGAGAAGAGCCCACCCCCAAAGUGUGCAGGGUCCUACUGGCCUCAGAUGCAGACAGUUUCACAGUGACCUCCCGUGGCUGCUCCGUGGCCCUGGCCUGUGGGGUGCGCAUGCUGUUUCCCCCGGGUGCCACCGUCACCCCUACCACCGUCCGCUACCAGCAGCUGCCCCCGGAACCUCGCCUCGUCUGGCUGGGUCCCCAUGAUGCCCUGCUCAGCGCUGUUCUGGAGCUGCAGCCCCACGGGACCCCCUUCCAACAGGAAGUACGCCUCUGGCUGCCUUUUGUGCCCCCUCGUGCCUGGCAUGGCUGCCAAGUUGUGGUGAGGACCCUGAGUGGCCAAACUUGGAAGGACCUGGAGACGCACUUGGAGGAAAAAGCAAAGCCCAAGCGGCUCUGGGCCAGCUGCCGAGUUCCUCACUUCUCUUGGUUCCUGGUGGUGGCCCGUCCAGUGGAGGACAGCUGCUUUGUGCCUCGGGAGGGGGCACUUCUCUGCUCCUCGGGUGACCCCGGGAUCAAGGUCAUCUUCCCACCUGGGGUCACUGCUGAGCCUCGGCACAUCCGCAUGCAGGUGGUGAGGGUGUCAGGCUGGGCUCUGGGCGAAGAUAGUGAGGCUGCGGUCAGCCCCCUGCUCUGCUUGUCCCAGGACAGCCCCCACGACUUCCUCUGUCCAGUCACUGUCCAGCUGCCCCUGCCUCCAGGCAUCACAGGCCUGAGCUUGGACCAGACCUGUUUGCAUCUGCUGCAUGGGGAUCCUCAGGUGCUGGCUUGGGAUGACAUCACAGCCCACGUAACUCUGGAGCUCACACACCUCUAUGCCCGUUUCCAGGUCACACACUUUUCCUGCUCCUGCCUCUCUGGGGCAGCUGUGAGCCCAGCCCCUUGGCCUCAGGUACUGGCUCUGGUACACUACCAAGAGCUGCGUGGAAGGCCUGGCCCGCAAGGUCUACGAUCGCCUGCGUCUAUACCGAGUGAACUUCAUUGCCCUGCAGAGGCGACGAGACCCGGAGCAGGUGCUGCUGCAAUGCCUGCCUGGGAAGAAGAGCCCACCCUGAAGAGGCUGCAGCCGAGGUACCGCGGCCCCGAGCCCUCUGACACAGUGGAGCUGUUUGAGGGCGAGCAGUUCUUUGCCGCCUUUGAACGCGGGAUCGACAUCGAUGCUGAUCGCCCAGACUGUGUGGAAGGAAGGAUUGCCUUUGUCUUCUACUCCCGCCUAAAAAAUAUGAAGGAGAUUUAUGUGACAUCCACCGUGGACAGGAAGACUCAGGCAGUGAAGGGGCAGGUGUCCUUUUACCGAGGGGCAGUGCCUGAGGCUGUUCCUAAGGAGGCUGUCCAGAGGCGGAAGGGCCCAGAUGCCCUGUGGCUUGCCACACUGCCCAUCAAGCUGCCUAGGCUACCCCAGGGGGGAGGGCAGGGUCCCCUGGAUGGGCUGACCCUGGCCUCCCUGAACCUGGGCAAUCCUGAGAGUGGUUUCCUGACCCAGAGCAACCUUCUGACAGUGGCCAGUAGGCUUGGUCCAGACUGGCAAAGUGUGGCCCUGCACCUGGGCCUCUCCUACCCAGAGGUGCAACGGAUCCAGUACUCAUACAGGGAUGACCUGGAUGGGCAGAUCCGACACAUGCUAUUCUCCUGGGCUGAACGCCAGGCCAGGCAGCCAGGCAGCAUCCAGCAGCUGCUAGAAGCUUUGGAGCAGAGUGAUCGCCAGGACGUGGUGGAAGAGAUCCAGGCCAUCCUGGAAUUGGGCCGGAAUAAAUAUCAAGCAUCCAUCCAUCGAGCAGGCCUGGCCUCCGAGGCAGAGUCUGCUAGUGCCAGAGCCUAGGGCUCCCAGAACCUGCUUCGGAAGGGAGCAGAGAUCGCCAAAGAGUUCCUGCUUUGCCCCAGGCCUGCAGGGACAAGACAGAGAGAGGCUCCCUUCUGCCAGACUCACUCAGGCCCUGAAUGGACACGGCAGGACAGAGGGACCCUACUGGCUGCUGUUACUGCUCCUCAGUAUUGGUGGGAGAAUGGUUACCCAGUAAACAAACCGGAUCUGUGGGGGGGGAUGGGGAGCUGCGGCCAGAGACCCCCUGAUAUUACCCCCUCUGACGGCCAGCCUCCUGCCUCUACAAAUUCUUGUAAAAUGUGUGUCAUACAAUCUCGAUGGGGCCUU